AUGGAUCCUCUAAUUCAAUCUGCUCCAGUCAUUGAAAUACCGACUGUUGGGAUGAUAUUUCCAUCUGAAACGGAUAUUCGUUUGUAUUACAAGGCCUAUUCCCUUGGUACUGGUUUCGGUAUAAGUAAGCUCGGAACAAAAAAUGGACCGGAUGGCAAACAAAAGUGGUUCUCGCUAGCUUGUGCAAAAAAUGGUGUUUUUACAUCAAGGGGAAAAAAUAUUUUACAUCCCAGACCCUCUAUCAAGACGAAUUGUAAAGCAAUGAUUAAUGUUGCUGUUAGAAACGAUGGGGAAGUCGAGAUCACCAGCGUCUGCCUUGAGCACAACCAUGCCAUGAGCCCGGGGAAAUCAAGACAUCUUAGAUCCCACAAGGUUCUUGAUCUGGAGGUAAAGAGAAGAUUGGAAUUAAAUGAUGAAGCAGGAAUUACACUCGCAAAAAGUUUCCAAUCUUUUGUAGUUGAAGCCGGUGGUUAUGAUAAUCUGAAAUUUGACGAGAGAUCUUGUAGAAACUUUAUUUCAGAAUCUCGGAAGUUGAGGUUAGGAAAUGGUGAUGCGGAAGCACUUUCUCAAUACUUCACUCUAAUGCAAAGCAAAUCCCCAAAUUUCUAUUAUGUAUAUGAUCUAGACGAAGAUUCUCGGAUAAGGAAUGUAUUUUGGGCUGAUGGAAGAUGCAGGGCUGCUUAUCAAUGCUUCUCCGAUGUCAUCACCUUCGACACAACUUAUCUGACAAAUCGCUACGACAUGCCUUUUUCUCCAUUUGUAGGGGUGAAUCAUGACGGACAAUCCAUUCUACUAGGGUGUGGCCUACUAUCCAGCGAGGAUUCUUCCUCAUUCAUUUGGCUUUUUAAUGCAUGGUUGACAUGCAUGCAUGGAUGUGCUCCGAAGGCAAUAAUAACUGACCAAUGUCGAUCAAUGGCCAUUGCUAUUGAGAGGGUGUUUCCAAACACCAAGCAUAGAUUAUGCCUUUGGCAUAUCAUGAAGAAACUCCCAGCUAAAUUUGGUGCUCACACUCAAUACAAAUCUCUAAAACAAACGAUGAAGAAUAUUGUCUAUAACUCAAUCACAAUUGAGCAGUGCGAUUAUGAAUGGAUGAGAAUGGUAGACGAUUUUCAAUUAGAAGAUAGCGAUUGGUUAAACUCUUUGUACAAAGAACGAAGUAAGUGGAUACCUGUCUACGUAAAACACCACUUUUGGGCAGGCAUGUCAACCUCACAAAGAAGUGAAAGCAUGAAUGCUUUUUUUGACGACUUUGUUCAUUCAAAAACCUCCCUCAAACAGUUUGUUGAGCAAUAUGACAAGGCGUUGAAGAGAAACAUCGAGAAAGAAAUGAAACUGGAUUUUCAGUCAUAA